CCAUGGAAAACACCACUUUAUACACGCUCCAUUAUCGCUGUUCGUUCAAUCCAAUGCACGAUAUCAAUGAAACAUUUGAGAUAAUAAUUUUGUUUCCCAUAGUUUUCUUCAACCUCCUCACAGUUAUUUGUAUUUUCAAGUACCCAACAUUACGAAAUUACACCAAUAUGUUCGUAGCGAGCCUUGCCUCAGGCGACAUUGCAUACGGAAUGUUAGCCCUGAUGCCAGCAGUCACCAUCAAAUACUCAAAUGGUACCUCAAGAUCGUUUUGUAUUUUAGUAUUAUCAACAAAUUUCUGUUCGGCCUACUUGUCUCUCAGCAAUCUAACGUUGCUCUCCAUUGAACGGUACAUUGCAGUAGUUAUGCCAUUUAAAUAUAACAUUUACGUGACAAAGCAGACGACCAGCGCCGCCAUUUUGCUUGCUUGGUUGGGAAAUAUAUUGGUUACGGUCACCAUGUCGUUUUUCAUGAAAUGGGAAAAUGUGACGACCUGUACAUUUGAAAACAUUUACCCAAAAUGGAUCAACUCGUUCGUUUUUAUUACCGGCUUUCUGUAUAUUAUUAUAACUAUUUUCUUUUAUGUAAAGGUGAUGUGGAUAGCAAGGAAACAGUUGCGAGCGAUUGGCCCCAGUUCAAAAACAAACAAUUCAGAAGCAGAUGAGAUAAACAAGGCAAAGAUGAUGAUGAUAAUUUUCGGCUUUUUUAUAUGUUGCUAUAUUCCUGUUGUGGCUUUGAAAGUCAUAGAAUAUAUGUCCAAAUCACACAAAAGAUUUAAAGUCCUCAAAUGUCUCUCAACUUUCUUCAUUAAGAUCAACUAUUUCAUUAAUUUUUUCGUCUAUAAUAUCUGCAGUAAACAGUUCCGAAAGGCCACCAAACAUUUCUUGUGUUGCAACAAACUAAGACUUUCCUCCAACCAACAUUGAUAUCUUUUGUUUUUUACACUGAAAUCAAACAACUGGAUGACUCGGAUUACAAACAUGAACAUACAAGGUUCUUCACUUGCAAGACGGAGAGGUUUAAACUACAGGAAACUGUUUAUGAAUUUUCCUAACAUCGUGUACCCCAUAACUAUAGUUUAUUGACAAAUCACUUGCUACCCCGAUUUUAAUAAUACGUUAAUUGUCGCAAAAAAAAAUGUUUUAAAGAUUUUAUUUGAAAACGUAUGAAAAUUUAACUUUGAAAUUAUGGAAGACAUUUUUGUAUUAAGUGUUUCUUUAUCUUGCAAAACACCAGUAUUUCUUUUCACGAUAUCCACAUCUCAGAACACAACACAACAUUACCUCGUGCAUCUCUGUACACUUUGGGAGAACAUAUACACCACGGGAUCUAGGAAACUAGCAUUAUCCCGUUUAUGGCUCGGAAAGGACGUUGAACUCGGAAAAGGACGUGUGGUAGAAGCCAUAGCCACUCAUAAUAAAAUGCAAUACUGGUGGAAUGUACCAAUGAAGACCUCAAUAAAAUGUUUUGUUGAAAUUCUGGAGUGUUGAAUGCGCCGCG